UGAACUUUGCAGACUGGAGGACCAGGAGGGGGCGGCACCCCGAAGCCUCCUCCUUUGUCUGAUUUUAGGGCGGUCGGCCGGCUGCCAGAGUGGGAUGAUUUUUGAGUCUCCGGAAAUGAUGACAAAAAGGAUUGAAAAACGAGAAAGAAGAGUGAAGUAGAAAAAAAAAAAGUUCCUCCUGCAAGUGACUGCUGGAGGUUCGUCUUUGGUUAAAUUUGUAUUUCUUGUGGAGAGACCUGGCAGAUGUCCCAAGUGAAAGAACCUUUUCCUCCAGGGCCUGUAGGGCCUGAACAUGAUGCUUCAGCUGAAGACAGCCUCUUGAUCUCCCUCCCCUUGGAAAAAUGUGAAAAUGGAAAUUUGGAUGUGGAAGAUACAAAUCAGUCAUUCCAGAAUAAAGGUGUCCAGACAGAUCUAGAAGUCGGUUCUAUUUUGGUAAACAGAUGUGACAACAUUAUUCAAUCCCAACCUCAGAGCUUGCCUCAGCCAAAUACUUCAUCACUGGAACAGAGCGAGGAAGAAACUGGCAAGAUAAAAAAUGGUCAUGUAGGUCUGAGUAAUAUCAAUGGAAUCCACAAUGGGGUCAAACAUGUUGCUGCAGAUCAUAGAAAGUUAUCAGCUCCUGUUUCGCAAAAAAUGCACAGGAAGAUCCAGUCCAGUUUGUCUGUGAGCAGUGAUGGAAGUAGAAAAAGCAAAAUAAGCUCCACAUAUUCUCAGAAACCCACCACUUCACCAGAAGAUUGCUGUGUUCACUGUAUCUUAGCAUGCUUAUUCUGCGAGUUCCUAACACUCUGUAACAUUGUAUUGGGACAAGCAUCUUGUGGAAUCUGCACUUCUGAAGCUUGUUGUUGUUGCUGUGGUGAAGAAAUGGGAGAUGACUGCAACUGUCCUUGUGACAUGGAUUGUGGCAUAAUGGACGCCUGUUGUGAAUCCUCAGACUGUUUGGAAAUUUGCAUGGAAUGCUGUGGAAUUUGUUUCCCAUCAUGAAGCUAUGACUGUUUGAAAACAACUGGAGUUUUUAUGUGAUUUUUUUUUUUUAUUUAAGCUGAAAGAAGACUUUUAGAGUUGUAGGACUUUAUCCUAUUUGCACUGCUACAUAUUUUUAUUUUCUAUUUUUACUGGAGAUCAUACUUGGAAAAAAACAGGUGGGAAAGAACUGAAAAAGUUUGUUUUUUAGUUAACUUAACAGAUAAAACAUUUUUGCCUAUAACAGACACAUCAUUUAUUGCUAUAAUCUGAAAGCUUUAUGGUGAAUGUUGAGCUGUAUAGCCCUACAGCUAUUGAGACCAGUAACCCAUAAGCGUAUCUCAUUCAGUAGCUAGUACAACAGCACAAGGUUGCUCUGGCCAAACCAUUUCCCUACUAGCAAUUCUGCAUUCCUCUUUUCUCACCAUAAUGAGGUGGCAUAAGGCAGCAGCAAAUCCAAUGUCCAAAAUAACUCUUUAUUUUCAACUUCAGCAUGGAGGUGAUAACUCCACAUGACGUGUUUCGGACCUUAUGUCUUUAGUUGUAGUCAUGGCUACAGCUGGGGACGUUAAGUGCAAACAUCUCACCUGUAUGCUGAAGCUCAAAUAAAGUUAUUUGGGACAAGCUGCUGCCUUCUGUCCCCUCCAU